GUGGCUGCGAGUGUGUGUGUGUGUGUGUGGUGUGCGUGUGUGUGUGUGUGUGUUGGUGACAUACGACAAAAUGAGAUGAGACCCCUCGGACGGGAGCGGCCACCCGGCUGCGCAGCCACCGCCGCUUGAUUCCCUGCCCGGUCCCUGCCCGCCCGCUGCCCAUCGCUGCCCACCGCGCCGGGGACCAGCGAGCGCCCCGAGCAUCCCCGCCAAGAUGCCACUGACCUGUGCCUCCACCUCACCUCUGCACUGCCAUGGCCACGCUAGAGACGCUGCCCGUUCUUAGUGACCCAACCUACCCCAGCCCGGAGGACUUCCACGGUUUUGCUCCCCAGCCAUCCCAACCCACCUCCCACAGCACCAUGGGGAGCGUGGGCAGCGGAGUCGCCAACGACCAAGAGUUCGCCAUGAAGAGCGUAGGGACCCGGACACAGAGCAGCGGCCGGCAGACGGAGGGGUCUCGCAAUGGGUACUCCACACGGGAGAUCUCCAACCGCUACUCCGGUGAGGAGAAGACAUACAGGUCGGAAAAGGUCUCCAAUUCCCUCUACAUCAACGGUGACCUGCGCAAGAGCGAGAAGGUGAAGAUGGACAUCUGUGGGAAUGUGACCACCAACAAUGAGAAGAACAUGCCGCCUCCUCCCCAGUACCGAGAGCCCAGUAACCCACCAAAGAUAUUGCCAGUCUCCGGCAAACUAGACCAGAGCAAUGAGCCCUUAGUUAGACCCUCAGCCUUUAAACCAGUAGUUCCUAAAAACUUCCAUUCCAUGCAGAACCUCUGCCCGCCGCAGAGCAACGGAGUGACAGAGAACAGAAAGAGCUUGAACCAUGCCAACAGCAAUAGCCCGUCCGCACCCAAAAGUGGACUCGACAAGAGCAGCCUUAACAGGACUACAAACCAAGUGGGGGGCCUUUCGGAUUCAGGCCGUAACUCGUUAACGAGCCUGCCCACAUACGGGACAGGCUACAGCCAGCACGUGGGUCCAAUGAGCGCCUCCACGAGCCACAUCAACCGCAUCGGUACAACCUACGUGGACAAGAACAUCGUGGGAUACAACGGGAUAUCUACCUCAGACAGCGGGCGGUCUUCGAGCAAGAGCACCUCUUCGUUCAACAGACUGAACCAUCUCAACGAAACGAUGCCUUUCCACUCGCCUUCAACAGACGACAUCAUCCAAGACCUGGAAGAUCGGCUGUGGGAGAAGGAGCAGGAGGUCCUCCAGAUGCGAAGGAACUUGGACAAAAGUGAGGCAGCCAUCUUCCAAGUGUUCGAGGAGAAGCAGAAGAUCUGGGAGAGGGAAAUGGAGGACCUGAGGCAAAACUAUGCCAACAAAUUGCAACAGGUCUCCAAAAAGGCGCAGCGGGCUCAGCAGGCCUUGCAGCUCCAAAUCUUCAAGCUCCAGCAGGAGAAAAAAAAACUCCAAGAUGAUAUGGGACAACUCCUCCAGCAACGAGAGGAGCUAGAGAAGAAAUUUGUGGCUUUCAAGAAGGAGCAGGCUGAGUUUCUCCCAAAGAUUGAAGAGACCAAGUGGGAGGUGUGCCAGAAGGCGGGUGAGAUCUCCCUGCUCAAGCAGCAGCUGAAGGACUCCCAGGCAGACGUCUCUCAGAAGCUGAAUGAGAUCGUGGGACUGCGGUCACAGCUCAAGGAAGGUAAGAACUUCCUACGGGAGAAGGAGGAGCAGAUCCUCACCCUGAAGGACUCCUACAGCUCCAAAAGCGUCAACCUGGAGAUCUGCGAGAGCGAGCUGCAGCGGAAGAUGAGCGAGGUCCAGGUGCUGAGGGAAAAACUGAACCACUGUGAGCUGGAGGUCUCCGGCCUGAAACGGACACUUGCCAGCAUGGGACCUCCGGGGCCUUUUGGUGGGGACCUUGGUGAGAAGCUGCGGGACCCGCUGGCCUGUGAGAGCGAUGAAGCCAAGAUGCAGCGGCAGAGCGAGGACAGCGUCAACACGCUGCGGAAGGAGGUGGAGCGGCUCCAGACGGAGCUGAAGCUGGAGCGGCAGCAGCGGGAGCAGCAGGUGAUGGACUUCGAGGAGGAGCGGCGCACAUGGCAAGAAGAAAAGGAGAAAGUCAUCAAGUACCAGAAGCAGCUGCAACUGAACUACGUGGAGAUGUACCAGAAGAACCAGCUCCUGGAGCACAAGGUGAAUGAGAUGAACACGAAGGCCACCAGCCCCCCGCACACCGAGGAGAAAAAACCAUGGACUCCCUCCAGACUCGAGCGAAUAGAGUCCACCGAGAUCUGAGGUGGGACCAAGACAAUACAACGUAAUUUUUUUAUUGCUGUGCAUGUACUACCUACUCAAGCCAGUGAUCUUCCGAAGGAUAAUAUGCUACCGUAGGAGUGGUGUGAGUCUGCUUGCACCAAGCUCCGUCACCCUUACUCUAUACUUCUGUGCUCUGUAGGUAAAAUAACUGUGGAUGUGCGUUGUUUUUCUAUCGAUAAUGCGACAUCUCUUUUGGUUUUUUUCCUAGUACAGCUGGUGAGGGUCAAUUGGCUCUUUUGUAAUCUGCCGUGACUGUUACUUCGUUAGAGGCUGCCAUUCCCUCUCCUACAAUUCACUCCUUUUUGGUUGGUUGUUUUGGAGGGUUGUAUUUGGUUUCUUUGGUUUUCCAAGUAUUUACGUGCAGCAAAACAGUUCAAAGUGGCAGGGUUUUUUUCAGGGCAUUUUUAGCCACAUUGGCUAAUGGAGCAAAGCUCUCGGGAUCACGAGCAAACUCACUGUUCUGCAUCAAGUAUCCUGUCUAGACGGUGGUCUUAGUGAAGUCAGUGGGAGGUUGGCCACUGAUUUCAGUGAAACCAGACAUAUCUCUGCCAGAUGACUCCCUCUUGCCAGACCAUGGCUACCAUGGUUGCAAGAGGUUAGGACAUCCUUGAGGAGCAGGAUGAGCCUUUCCUGGUAACAUAAGCCAACAAGGAAUGAUCACCCAGCAGGAGCCUCUUUGGAGGCUCAGCAGAGCUUGACAUAUGCUGCGUUUUCAUUUCUUUGUGGUUUAUUUCUGCAGUUCCACUUCUCUCCUGGGUUGUGACCAGCCCUGGGAGUAGAAAUACCCUCCCACCUCUGCCUUGGUCCCCUUAUUCUUACCGUAUACUCAAGCUGGCUACAGCAAGAAAAAAACCCUUGGAAAUCCAAGCUAGUUUCCCUUCCCAAGAGCCCUCUUACUUCCCAAAGUCAAUGGAAUCAAGGUUUGGGGAAGCCUCCAAACCUGUGGGAUGUUUAUGCAAACUGAAGCUUUAGCAAUUUGCCCAACAGUGGGCAAUUGUGCUACCACAUUCCCAACUGAGCGAUGCUGCGGUGCACUCUCUCUGUCCGGGGUCUAGUUAAAAAAAUGGCAUCCGAGCCUCACUCAGGAGUUGCAGUGAGCACAUAUCAGCAUUACCGCUAGACUGCAACGGGGCGAGCGUUAGCCUUCAGUACAGCCGUUUCAAACAGCACCCAUAGCGAUCCCACCUGCUAUCAUGUAUUCCAGGGACAGAGAUAACACAGGCCUAGCUUAAGAAAAUAUUCAACUACUAACUCUGAGCAUGAAAGCAGUCAGAAGAAGGAAAAAUGCUUAAGAUCACGCAAGUGCUUAUGCCCUGGCAGAAUAAUAACCAAAUCCUACAUGCACGGUCACUGAGAAUGGUGCAGGCAUCAAAAACCAGCAUUCAGCUUUAGAAGGUGGGCAAGGUGGGUCUGUCUCUCCCUUUCACAGACACUUUUUUUACCGUGACCCACAACAAAGCAUAAAAAAUGUUACAAAGCGGGGUUUGCACUGACUGGGCAGUGGCCAAAGGACCAGCGCAAGUGGGAAUUUCAGCUCUUUGUCCUAGGGAGCAGCUAGAAGAACAAAACUAGAAUUAGCACCAGGAUGUCUUGGGAUGUCUGUGUGAGGUGACUCCAGGGAGAGUUUGGCCAGAUCACGUUUCAUCUGCAUACAAAGGAAGAACGUCAGGGCGUUGAGGGGCUGAAGACCUUCCAAACAAAAGCCCUGAAGCUACUCAUUUUCCAUGUUCCCUUCCCGAAAAGCUCUUCCCUUCCCAUCACCAGGUCUGACCUUCAAGUUGGCAUCAAACAUUGUGGCGAGCUCCAGACCGAGCAAAAAGGCUGAGCAGGAGAGAGGAGAUUCCAGUUAGUCCCACCAAUCUCCAGCCAAAGUCAACAGACAGUAUUACUGGGCAGGAACUGUUGGUGGCUGGCAGUGAUCCCUGGAGCUGUAGAAAAUGGAGAUGUGCAAUGAGAUCAGGGCGUUCCAAGACCCUAGUUGAGGACACCUGGCUUUUCCCACCACUUCUGCCCGUGGCUUUGGAGCUGGAGGAAGACACAACCCAUCAGCCUGGAAAAUGCCAGGGCGGCUUAGGCUAAGCCCCUCUCACCACACCGGCCAUAGAAAGGGGGACUAGGUCAGGUUUGACCCCCGAAAGAUGUGGAGAAGAGUCCCACUAUGAAUCCUGCAGAUGCUCCAGUGCUCUUGGACAUCAGCCUGCACAGCCCACCGAGGAAGGAGUGCAGCUGCCUGCCAGUGCCACCCAGCAGCAGACUUUGCCACGCCAAGGGAGACACCCACAUGUGCUGCGCAAACUUACACUUGGCCAGGCAAAUCCUAGAGCUUCCUCCGUUCCAUCAUUCACUGGGCCUUUAAGAUGGAGUCAAACAUCCCGCAGCGUCAGGGUUGCAGAUCUGGUGUCUUGCGUCGUCUCGGCUUUCUGUGCCUCUCUUUCCACAUCAGAUAAACCCACGCUGUCUUCCUUCCCAAAGCACUUGUGAGGCAGCCGUGCUUGUGAAGGGCUUUGCAGUCCUUGGGCAAAAGAGCAAAUCAUAGAGAAAUUGCAAGAGGCUUGGUCUCAGAUGGUUGUAUGGUGUUUUUGAGGCCACCACAUGAAAAGCAAUCCCAACAGCAAGUGCCCUCACCAGAAGAUGGGUCCAAUAACCCGGAGGGUCAUUUCCACCUUUGGUCCUCCUGGCCCCAGUGGCGUUGAGGUUGGUUUCCCACUAACCAUUGCAGAAACCAGCAUUUCAGUCGGUGGCUCAAGAACACCCAGAGUGAUUGAGUUUCAAGGAUCUGCCCUUGAGGAGGUGUACACCACAAUUUCCUGCUGCAUUAACACUCAAGAGGAAUGGACACUGACAUCACCCUGUGGGUCACCUCACUAGAGCUCCUGGCUAAUCCACAGGCAGGAGAAGCAGGGGCUUGUCUGGCCUCCCCACAUACCUUGAUCCAGUCAGCUGCAGCCAACUAAACCCUCCAGCAUGCCAGGUUUGCUCCAUCAUCUUUUUCCUAGAUCUUUUUUGCAGUGGUGCCCGGACUGAGUGUGUCUUGAUGGACCCAGUGAAACCUGGAGGCAUACGGGUUUGUCCAACUGCUGGAGGGUGCUAGACUGCCCAGGGACUCUAUGGCCUCACAGUGCAUCCACCAGGGACUGCAGAGCUCCUUGGGAUGGAGCAGGAGCGGCAAGGAGAGAUUUUUCACCUUAGAGGAGGAAAGGUACACUCCCUUCACCUUCACCUUCUUCUUCACUGCAUCACUUUGAUCUAGAGUUUUGAUCCAGAUCUAAGCAACCUCAACUGUGGUCAUUCCCUGGAUGACAGAGAAGCCUUCCAGACACCCACUGAGAUGCUGUGCUCCUGAUGAUGGUUUUCCCUCUCUUGGGAUUCGCCCGGCAUCCACCAAGCCUUCAGCUGUCCUGCAGAAACCACCUCCUAUGCUAUGGUGACAUAAAAUACAGAUGUUUUUGGCAAGUGACCCAGCCAAACUGCCAUGAUUCCUGCUCUUCAGGAAUCGUCCCCACAACCGGAUGCACUGCUCCCCAUCACAUCCUCUCCCAUGUGCUAGCACUGUGUGGCCACAUGCUGGUAACCGCCCUCUCUUGGAGGUGACUGUCCUUUACCCAGCAGAGAUGGAGCAAAGUGAUGGAGAGACACCUGGGUUCCUGUUGUUUGUACUCAGAUCUGGCCCAGACAGGAGCUCGCCUAGUUCUUUCCAGACCUCAACACUUUUACCCGCUAACUGGAUGAAGUCUCCCAUCACCAGCUUGGUCUGCGUUGAGGCCCUGGGGUCUUAGCCUUGGAGCAAGAUAGCCAAGAAGUGCCAGACUGGUGUUUUGAUGACUUAUCCUGGGAAUGGCCAAGGAGGUUGACGUCUCAUCUCCUAGAGGCUCAGGCAGGGCUCAUAAAAUGUUUCUGUCCCAUGAAACUCACCUCAGAGUUUGGGCUUGACCAUAACCCUCCACCUUUGCUCAGCCAGCUCUGGAGCUGAUGGCAUUCGGUGUGACGUAAAUCUCCAAGUACUGCCCUCAGAAUCUCGCACAUGGUUAGUGUCUCCACUGAAACAAGAAGUCAUCUCUAAUCUGCCGUUAGCCAACAGCAAAAGCUGUGGUGACAAGGGUCUCAGGUCAGUUGCCCACACGUGGGGUCCAAGGACAUUAGAGAUGCUCUGGGAUACCUGACACAAGGGGCUGGCCAAUAUGAUCCAAGACCUGUGGGAGAGCCAGGCCACUGGUGAGAAGACCUGGAGCAUCUCUAGUGGCACAUCACCCAUGUGCGGGCAACCAAGUCAUGCUCCAGGCAUGUCCAUAUGGUCAUUAUAUGAGCAAACAGAAGACACUGAUCAGCUCCAGCAAUUUCCAUCCAUAAGGAACUGGGCUAAGCAAGCUAUCCUGGCACCAGGGAAGGUCUAAGCAGCCCGUCUUACCACUUGCUGUGAGUAGGGUUGCUUUGCUCCACCACCACUUCGAGGUUGGUUGCUGCCGCUGUAAGACGCUAGCUCCCCUCGCCCUGCCAGCACUCCUGUCUCUCCCCGGGUGUGAACACCGCAACCAUCGCGUGGUGUUGUGCUUCACACAGUCCCACUUAGCUUCUGCCACUCUCUUGUGGCAGCCGGCUGCACCGUUCCUGCUGUCGUUGGCAUCAUGCCGGAGGAAGAUCACCUCCAGGAUUCCGCACUCAAGAUAGGAACCGAAUUGUUGCUCUUAUGCUGCUACGUUAUACGGAGACAAGUGUACUUGGAUGUAAAUAACAGCCCAGCUCUGUAUAUACAAUGAUUAAAUGAAGAGACAAGAAAGCUCUGUGGCUUCUAUAUUGGUGAGCGGGACUACCAGUAGCAGCCGAUGCUGCGUUCGAGUGCUGAGCGCUACAUGGAGGGUGCUCAGCACCUCCUGAGCUUUUGCUGGCUGCAGUGGAAAUGGGGGGUGCUCAGCACCUCCCAGGAAGGCAAUCUGCUUGGGUCUGGCUCUGACAGAGCAGCCUGGUGUUACUCUGUCCUGCUUCGAUGCUUGCUGUCAUCCUGAGCCAGGAUUUGCAGUUGUCCCCUGGUUAAGGCUGAAGUCCCCUCUGCCCAUCCUCGUGUCACACCACAACCCCUUGCAGACAGCGGCUCCCAGCCGUGUCCCCCUUGGGCCCUGCUGCCCAUGAGCUCUGCCCAUGGGAAGGACCAACCCACCCCACUUCUGCCCCUCGCAGUGGCACUUUAUAGCUUGCUCAAGACAUCGAGCUCAUGAGCAACUUGACCAAAGAUCUCCGGAGGGUGUUGGACUCCAUGCUGGGAGGCGCCUCCCAGCUUUCUUGGAGAGGGAUGAGGCUGGUGUGGGCUGGGAAGGGGGAACGAGAGCUGGCAGGGGACAGGAGAGGGUUUGGAUUUCCCUGUGUCUCACCUGGGAACAUUUGCAGGUCCAUGAGGAACCUUUCCUGUGCUAGGUAGGACAGGGUACAAAGGAGUUCCUGGGUGAGCUGACUGUCCCCAGUAGGUUACACCAGUAUCCUCCAUGGCCGUGCCAACUAGCUCCAUGUGUUGCCCAGGCAAAGUGUGGACCAGGGGCUGUUCCCAGGAGGCAGGAUGGAUGUAAUUCUCCUCUUUUACUGGGGAGAAGAGAGGGUGCAUGCCAAGCCAUUACACUUGUCUUCAGGGAGACAGAUCUCCUCUGUGGAUGUUGCUACAGGGUCCGGUCAAGGGCUUGUUCCGGCUCAGUGUGAAUUAGUCAGUAAAAUGUGUAUCCUGAUGGCUGGUGGUCCUGCUGGCUGCCCCCUUGGUGUCCUCUCCCCAGCUCACUCCAGGGCAUCAUCAGCACCCUCCUUAACAGGGAACCAUCUUCCAAGGUCAAGGCGCCAUGGUCUUGGCUUCUCCUGCUCAGGGUGCUGACGGCAUCCCUGCCCACCUUAGCUCCAUGAAAGCUCCUGAACCUGGUCCCAGCCUUGGCAAACGGAGCAUGAGAUCAUGCUCCUCCACCCACAGUGCUCCUGUGGAUGGGUGCUUGGGUGGGUCUGGGUCUCAGGCACAUGCCUCUGCUCCACAGCCGUACUAAGCCUUCUCUGCUCCGUUCCUACCAAGACCAUGAAAUUCUGCUGACGUGCAGUGACAGCCCUCGCUUCUGUCCUGCAUGGGAGCAGGUCCAACUUGCCGUUAUUCUAACCCAACCCUUCAGCUGGUCUUGAAAGCCACUUUCUAGAUUUAUUUUUCAUCAAGACCCCUUGCUAAAGAUCUGCUCAUCAUGUUGCCUGUGUCCUGCUACUCCUCUUUCCCAGCUCUCCAGACUCUCCUGCCUCAUUUUAGAUCAUCCUGUUGUCCCAGGAGCAGUCAGUGCCUCUCCCAGUAUUCUCCCUGAUACGUCUGAACAAGCUGGAACUGAAGCCCAAAGCCCCCUCUGAGAGUUGUGUGUCCCAACACUGCCCUCAGAGGAGCUUUCUAGAUUACUGAUCCCCACCUCUUCUCUCCUUCAUUCUCAUGUCAUCUAGAUCAUCCCUGCUUUACCUCCAAGAACAAUCUUGCUUCUUGCUGAAGGACAUCCCCACAUCACUUGAGAUGACUGCAUGGGGCUUCACACCACCGCAACAUCACGCCCAGUCAGCUCUGGGGCUUCCCUGGUCCCUCCACUCUCUGGAAAGACAGGGAUGAGGGGUCUACAAGUGCCCCUGGUACGUGCGGGCAUGCAGCACCCAUGCCACCUGCUCUCCAGUGUAUCAAGGGGCUGGGUCACAUCCAGCUGUUUGCAGAUGUUGGCUACCUAAUAGGAUGUUCUGUGCUGGCUGUGCAAUGGUCAGCAACACCAGAAAUGAGCUUCUGCAUUUUCAGGAUAAGCCUCCUCCCUGGUUCUCCCAGUGAAGGGGAUCGUGUCAGGUCUGGAGCCUGAGACAAGCUCCGACACGCAGGGUUGUGUUUUCACGGCUCUUUCACGGAUCUCUUUUCUCAGGCAGAAAGUCUCUGCUUUCUGUCACAAAGCAAUAGGUUUUUCUAGAGAAAUUUAAAAGGGAAUAUUCCCAACUCUGAUACCUGCAGGCAAGCCAAUGUUCCCUUGAAUACCUUCAUAGCUCCAGCCCUGGGCUCUCCUCCUUCGGAAGGGGAUGCGAGCUCCAGUCUGGCUCCAAAUAAUCACCAAUGGUUUGAGCUUGGAGGUCCCCAUUCGUCCGGAGAGUCCAAAGCUGCCCAUAUCCAGCAGGCCACCAGUCCGGGUCCCCAGGAGGUGCGGUCCAUCCCCCUCUGGUGCCCAUCCCAUGACUGUUACUGGGUCCCUGCAGCGGGUCUUCUCCAUUAGCUCACACAUACGGGAGCCGCUGGGUCCCCCGUGGUGUCUGAGCUCAGAGAGUCACAUCUGGUGACAGCCAGACACCGGUGGGAGACCAUGGCACCGGCUCUGCCGUUCCUGGGAGCCAGGCUGUCCUGGGAGCCCUCUCGGAGGAGAAGGUCCCCUUUCCCCCAGGGGUGGCACGUGGGUUCCCUUCCAGUGGCCGAAGGGAGCAAAACGUGCUCGGGCAGAGCUCCACCACCGGUGUGAAAGCGUUCCGCCACCGGUGCAAAGAAAUGCUGCACAACCGGCCAAUGUGUCUAUGCAGUCCCUUUCCACGCAGCGGCGUCCCCGCAGAGCCCAGCCCAGGGCUGGAGCUCCUCCAAGGUGUCUUUGUUUGCACUCACUCGGACCUGGUAAACGCUGUGAGCCGAGAGGAAUCCCUCUUGGUCUUUGCCUUGCACCGGGCAGUACGCUUGUGAGGGUUUCCUCACCCUAAAUCGAUGCACGUCGCUUAGUCACCUGUCUUUGCGUCUGUUCUCCAGCAGAUCAAUAGGUAUGUGUGUGUGUGUGUGUCCCCAAAAAAAAAACAAACACCACAAAACCCCAGAACGUCAGGUCGGGCCAGCCGGUGCCCCCGAGCAAGCCUGCUGUCUGAUUUCACCAGCAAUAAAAGCCCCACGGAGGAGCGGCCGGAGCUCUCCGCUGCCGAUCCACCGCCGGGUGAGCUGCAGGCUGUGUCUGUGUGUAGGACCUCUGCAUUAGACCCUUCGUCCAAGGUUUUGGACCCACCCAACUGUAAAUUCAAUCCCAGCCUUGUGCUUUCUUUCCUCUUGUUCGUUUUUUGAUGCCUCGGUCUCUCUCUGCUUUUACUGUGAAUUCAAACCAGAAGUGUUCUGAACUCGACUCUUGUUACUGUUUUGUUUCUGCGUUGACUGUUGCUGGUUCUCCGAACUGCGUUUAAUGAGACUUUGCAAAAAAAAAAAAAUUAAAAAAAAAAUAUAUAUAUACUUAAAAAAAAUAAAA